CCUCCCGGACGGUGCGGUCCUCACGCGCGCUCGCUCCCCUCCACUUCACUCCCCAGCCCCCACCCCCAUGCGCCGCCGCCGCCGCCGGUGACCAACAACCCCGCACCGCAUGGGCUGCGUCCACGGCCGCCCCUCCGCGUCCAGCCCCGACCGCCCGCCGCCGCCGCCAGAGCCGGCCCCCGCCGCGCCGCCGCAGGAGGCUGCCGGGAAGGCGGAGCAGCCCGCGGAGAAGCCGGCGCGGCGGCAGAGGCGCUCCCGCUCGUCGCGCCCCGCCCCCGUCGGCGGGAGCUUCGCCAACAGGGCGCGCGGGGAGCAGGUCGCCGCCGGCUGGCCCGCCUGGCUCUCCGCCGUCGCCGGCGAGGCCAUCGACGGCUGGACCCCGCGCCGCGCCGACUCCUUCGAGAAGAUCGACAAGAUCGGGCAGGGCACGUACAGCAACGUGUACAAGGCGCGCGACACGGUGAGCGGCAAGAUCGUGGCGCUCAAGAAGGUGCGCUUCGACAACCUCGAGCCGGAGAGCGUCCGCUUCAUGGCGCGCGAGAUCCUCAUCCUCCGCCGCCUCGACCACCCCAACGUCGUCAAGCUCCACGGACUCGUCACAUCCCGCAUGUCCUGCAGCCUCUACCUCGUAUUCGAGUACAUGGAGCACGACCUGGCCGGCCUCGCCGCCAGCCCGGAUAUCAAGUUCACUGAGCCACAGGUUAAGUGCUAUAUACAUCAAUUGCUGUCGGGUCUGGAGCACUGCCACGACCGAGGGGUGCUGCACCGCGAUAUCAAGGGUUCGAACCUGCUUUUGGACAACAAUGGCAUGCUGAAGAUUGCGGAUUUUGGUCUGGCAUCAUUCUUUGACCCAGACCGUAAGCAGCCGAUGACGAGCCGGGUGGUGACCCUAUGGUACCGGCCGCCAGAGCUGCUUCUAGGUGCGACAGAUUACGGUGUGGGCGUAGACCUGUGGAGCGCAGGGUGUAUCCUGGCUGAGUUGCUGGCUGGGAGGCCAAUUAUGCCAGGACGAACAGAGGUGGAACAGCUGCAUAAAAUUUUUAAGUUAUGCGGCUCCCCAACAGAAGAAUAUUGGAAAAAGUCAAAGCUGCCUCACGCGACAAUAUUUAAGCCUCAGCAGCCAUACAAAAGGCAAAUAAGGGAGACGUUUAAAGAUUUUCCACAAUCAGCAUUGCAGUUGAUUGAGACACUACUUGCAAUUGAUCCAGCUGAUCGGUUAACAGCGACGGCUGCAUUAAGAAGUGAUUUCUUUACAACUGAACCUUUUGCAUGCGAACCGUCGAGUCUCCCAAAAUAUCCUCCAAGCAAAGAAAUAGAUGCAAAACGAAGAGACGAAGAAGCCAGACGUUUAAGAGCUGCUGGUGGUAGAGCUAAUGGCGAUGGAUCCAAGACAAGAACACGUGAUCGGCCUAAGGCAGUUCCAGCUCCAGAGGCAAAUGCUGAACUUCAAGUGAAUAUUGAUAAAAGAAGGUUCAUCACUCAUGCAACUGCUAAAAGUAAGAGUGAAAAGUUCCCUCCCCCACAUCAAGAUGGCGCGGUUGGCGUCCCUUUGGAUUCUUCAAAUCAUAUGGACCCAUUAUACGAACCCCCAGACCCGUCUUCCUUCAGCACUGUGUUCACUUAUGAGAAAGGAACAGUGCCCACUUGGUCUGGGCCAUUGGCUGAUCCUGCUGUAAUGGCGAACCAAAAGCGGAAGCACAAGUCAGGGCACUCAUCGAAGCAACCAGCCACUGCCCGUGCUCGGUAAGAUCCUAAGGAUCGACAUUUGUAGGUAAAGAAACUUCAAUAUGGAGAACUCCAUGGUGGUACCUGCACGCAGUUUUGCAACGAGGCAUGCAACGAUAAUUAGUUUCGGUUACUUGUCAUGUGAGGAAUUUUUUGACAUCGUUGUAUAGGCUGGGAAGGCAGUUGAAGUAGGUACUUCUGUAUAUUAGGUUCUCUUUCCUGCUCAUGAAGCAGCUGUGUUUGAUGUUAGAUUCAUUUGAGUGGAAGCUUUAGAUCUCUAGCAUUUUGGUACACCCUCAUUACAUUGUAACAUUGUUUACCUUAUAUAAUCAUCGGUUCUUAUCAAUUCAAUGGAAAUUUUCAGCCGUUGUUUGUGGGA